AUGGGGAACGAAUCUUCAACCUUGAUAGACGACACGACGCCUCCGUCCGUGCUCGAGGCUCGCACGGUUGAGGCACUGGCCAAAUACAUCAAAGAAAAGGAUGUCCGACGCAUUGUGGUGAUGGUGCGUCUUUCUUCUCCCCCGCACCGCGUUCUAGGCUGA